AUGGGAUCAGCAGCAGCGAAACAGGCGCAUUCGGUUUCCCACUGCCGUGCAUCGCUGAGUGCUGAUGCCAGCAGAACGACCUCCGAUAUGGAUGGGUGGAGCGCCCCACGCCAUGUUUUGCCAACGGGUUCCCCUUCCACGGUGGGCGUGCAACUGCCUCAGUUGCCGGCAAAAGCGAACAAAGGAGACGACGCUGAUGCACCGCGUACGCACGGAUGUGAAACCGAGUCGAACCCGGGGGUUGUGGACGCCGGGGGCGUUCGUUGCCAUCUCUCUGGCGUGGAGCCGGAAGAGCACAGGAGGCCGGACGGGAGUGAAGGUGAAACGUGCAGCGAAGAGAAAAGUGAACAAGACACCAAUGCACUGCGCGGACUUCAGCCAAUGUUGGGCGUCUCCGAUUCAACCAAAAGAGGGGCAGCAUCUUUGGUUCAUCCAUCGCAAGUGAGCCUCUUGCAAGCGUUGUGUCAACUGAAAGGGUCUCGGUGGGUUCUGGGACGCCGAUGGGGAUAA